UCACACAUAGGCAGGUCAAAGUCAAAGGUCAAUAAUUUCCGUCAAUAAAACGAAUGUAAAUAUUGCAUACACAGUAACACAGCCAGCAUGAUCUAACAUAUAGAUUAGGCAUAGCAAAAUCAUAAUCAUGUUAUACGUAUUAAUAGUUUUUGCAAUAAUUACAUAUUAUGCAUUAGAUUGGUUACUCAACUUUUUUAGAAUAGCAAAGUUUCAAGGCAAAUAUGUUUUAAUAACAGGUUGUGAUUCUGGCUUUGGGCAAGCGUUAGCACUGCGUCUAGAUGCCCUUGGUUUUAAUGUAUUUGCUGGCUGUCUGACACACAAUGGAAGCUUGUUUUUAUCUGAAAAGUGCUCCAGUAACUUAUACACAUUUUUGCUGGAUGUGACUAAACCUGAGAGUAUUGAGAAUGCUUUGCAAGUCAUCAAAACAAAGUUACCUGAAAAUGAAGGACUUUGGGGUCUGGUUAAUAAUGCUGGCAUUUUAGGACCCAUGGGCUGUUUAGAAUUGUGCUCAAUAGAUGACUAUCAGAAAGUAUUCAGUGUCAAUCUGUAUGGGACCAUUGAGAUGACAAGAAAUUUUCUCCCAUUGUUAAGGAAAUCUGGAAAUGGGCGAGUUGUCAACAUGUCAAGCAUUCUGGGACGCUUUGCUUUCUCAGGUGGUCCUUAUACAAUAUCUAAACAAGGUGUGGAGUCUUAUUCUGAUACUCUGAGACGCGAAGUCUACAAACAGAAUAUCAGAGUUUCAAUUAUAGAGCCCACUGGAUUUAGAACAAAUUUAAUGCAAGAUAAAAUGGUGGAUGAGAUGCAGACAUUGUAUGAGAAUGCCACUGAAGAGGUAAAGAUUGCCCUUGGCCAAGACUUUUUAAGAAAAUAUAAAACCACAAUUUUAAAAGCUAAAGAUUCAUGCUUGCCAAAUCUAGAUCCUGUUCUAGAUGCUAUAGUACAUGCCAUCACUGCAAUAUUUCCAAGAAAUCGUUACCUAGUAGGAGUGUCUGAGUGGUAUUGUACUUUAUUUGCUUAUUUACCAGAUUGGAUAACUGAUAAAAUAUUAAAAUAGAAAUUGUAAAUAAGAACCUCAUACUUGUUACUGUAAAAUUGUUGAUUUAUAUAUUGUUGUUAUUAAAUUAUUCCAUAAUGUACAUAAUAUUCUUUAUGUAUAUAUAUAUAUAUAUAUAUAUUGAUGUUUUACUAACAAGAAUGAUUAUCAAAUUUUUAUGAGCUGUAUAGAAUAAAAGGUCAACAUCAAUAAAUAACUUUUAAGACCUAAAUGAUAAAAUUUAGAACAUAAACACCAAUUGAUCAAUUGAAAUUAACCUCUCCAACUGUGAAUCUAAUACAGUGGUUCUCAAACUUUUUUUUAUUCAGGGACCCCUUAAUAUAGUUAAAACUUGCCCACAGACCCCUAAGUGAAAAAGCUAUAUUAAUGCAUACUGUAUAAAUUACAAAUGUAAAAAAACAACAAAAUUUUUUUGAUAAAAUUAUAAAAUUAUACAAAUGUAAAAAAAACAACAACAUUUUUGUUGAUAAAAUUAUAACUUUGUUUACAAUAAAAGUUUUAAAAGUCAAUGAUUUGAAUGAGGUUAAUGAGAUUUUAUGAGUGUAUUUAUGUCCUGCAUUGUUUGUAAGUAACAACCGCUAAUCUCUUACAAUUCAUAGAAAUUCUAGUCAGUUUCUUUUUAUUUGUGAUGAGGUUCAUUACGGCAUUGAAUCCACGUUGUACCAAAUAGAAAGACAGGAAAGCAAUCAACAACUUCUACACAAUAACCCAUAAUGCAGGAUGUAAAACUGGAAUCUGUUUUUGUAACCAGAAUUUGGGGUCUCCUUAUUCAAUCAUUGGUUUAAGUUCCUCGUUUGUGGAUAUUUCAAUAAAAAGCUUCUGUACUAAUAUGGACUCAUCUGUGAUUCGAAUUAGGGUUCUAAAGGUUUCAUUACCAUAUUGGGAAUAUCAAAGUGUAGAAUGUCUUUAAAUCUUUGGUUUAGGCCGUCAUAGGCAUAGUUCUUAAUAGGCAUAUUAAACAGUAGUGAUUGGUGAGUUGAUUAUUAUUUAAGUUACCCGAUCACAUUAACUGGCUUUCAGCAAAGAGCUUAUUUUAACUGUAUACACUUUUUAUGUUUCUGUGAUCCUUAUUGUCAUCUCGUGGACCCCUGUGGCCUGUGGAUCACAGUUUGAGAACCACUGGUGUAAUAUGGCAAUGUUUUGUGGCUAGCCUUUUUUUUUUCUUAGCCAAAGUUUCUUUAAAGAAUUUUUGCAUUAAUUAAUUGUAGAUACUUUUUAUCUUGCUGUGACCCCUAUGGUCGUCUCGUGGACCCUCUGUGGCCUAUGGGUCACAGCUUGAGAACCAGUGGUCUAAUAUGAAAAUGUUUUGUGGCUAGCCUUUUUUUUCUUAGCCAAAGUUUCUUUAAAGAAUUUUUGCAUUAAUUAAUUGUAGAUA